GAGAUGGAAGCCGAGGGACGCCCGCCCACCUGCCACCACCUGUUCCCUCCCUCAGCCCUCUGCUAUAAAUUCUCCUCCUUCAAAGAUUCACCCAGCACUCUCCGACAGCUACUGAGGAAAACCGCUUCUUCCCUAUCUGAGCAUCUGGAAAGAUUCCGUCUUCCUGAAAAAGAAGCCUCAGGCUUUCCCAGAGGACUUGAAAGGCCUUCCCUAAACCAGCCACACCAAAUUCCGCAGCAAGAAGGUUCCCUUCUCUUUUCCAACUUCACGUUGGGAAAAUGACUUUCUCUUCAGCAUCUCAGUUUCCCCUAAAUUUGGGCCAGUGAAAAGACAUCAAUCUGGUUAUCCAGUAGGACAGAAGCGGGGUCCCGUACUCCCCACUGUUAACUCUAAUUCCAAGCGAGUUGCUUUGUGUAUGACUUACUUGCUCAGAAGAGCCACGUUGGGGAGCCGCUCAAUAGACGAGCCCGCGCACACGUCCUAAGCGGGCGAGUGAGCUCAGCACCUCCCUCCUUCGGGACGGGGAUGAAGUCCUGCAAGCCCAGCAACCCAGCGGCGGCACCGCGCGCCGCGCCCCCGUGCGCAGGCGGCGCCGAGUGCGCGGGUACGUGCGCCGGGGCCGGACGGCUGGAGAGCGCGGCGCGCAGGCGCCUGGCGGCCAACGCGCGUGAGCGCCGUCGAAUGCAGGGACUCAACACGGCCUUCGACCGCCUGCGCCGGGUGGUGCCCCAGUGGGGCCAGGAUAAAAAGCUGUCCAAGUAUGAGACCUUGCAGAUGGCGCUGAGCUACAUCAUGGCGCUGACCCGCAUCCUGGCCGAGGCCGAGCGAUUCGGCUCCGAGCGGGACUGGGUCAGUCUCCACUGUGAGCACUUUGGCCGCGACCACUACCUUCCGUUCGCGGGCGCGAAGCUGCCGGGUGAGGGUGAGCCCUACGGCCAGAGGCUCUUCGGCUUCCAGCCGGAGCCCUUCCAGAUGGCCAGUUAGGGCGCGCGGCCCUGCCAGGGUGAGACGCACAGCGAUCGAGCACCGGACCUAUCGGAAUCGUAGCCCUUUCCCCAGUAGGUGGCCUAGGAUGCAUUCUUAGAAUAAAAUAGAAAACUUUCAGAUUACUUUUAUUCGCAUCACCAGUCUUAUGGACACGAUUUUAUUGCCUUUCUGUUUUCCUCCUCAAUCAGCAUUUUGUAGGUUUCAUUAUUGGAUCUUAUGAAUGGUUUUGAUUGCUGUGAAAAUAAUGUUCUCUCCCCUUUUUUGGACUAGUUUAAGGGAAAACAGUCUUAAGAAAAAAUAGGAUUAGGCUAUACUGCAGUUUUAGUCCUCAGAGAAAUAAUCGCUUUCUUAAACUUAGUAAGUUUGACCUGUUCGGGUGAAGUUACAAUAUCCAUUACUUGUGUAUGCUUAAAAGAGCUUCCUUCCCGUCGUGUAAAUGCAUUUAUGCUUAGUGCAUUGUGUGUGUAUGCAUGAAGUAGUCAUACUUUUUUUUUUUUUUUUUGUAGAGUACAUGGGCGUGAGUGCUCUGUAUUUUUUAAAUGUAUACAUUAUUAAAAUAUAGAUUUUGUAAUAUAUAAGUAAAAAUGUGGGUUUGUUUUUCAUGCCAAAUGCCCUGCUAGUUUCCUGAUGCCAAUAAAGGCCUAUUGGGGCUGAUCGUAUUGAGUGCUUUCCUGAGUAAAGAUGUGGAAUGUUUAAAUCUAAUUGCACUGAUUGGCAAAUGUGCCCUUUUGUAAUACUUAGUUAAAAAAAAGACAAGUUGAUGAGAGUACAAGUAAUUAAUUUGAAAGCUUUCUCUGUGAGUUUAUAUAUAUAUAUAAAACUAGCACUGAGGAAUAAAAAAAUGUUGCUUUUGUAAGUGAUUCCCUUUUAAUCAGUACAAGUUGAGCGUAAAGGACAUCACUACCAAGGGUAAUCAAGAUUGGGGCAAAAUAAUAUGCAUAAUAUUGGUUUGAAUUACUUUUAUAAAUUUGCUUAACCAUUGGAUGAAUAAAUCAAACCCUUAAUGUAAAGAAUGACUUGGUCAGCAGCACUACAUGCAUUUGGGAGAAAUUAGAAAUAAUAAUUUAAAA